GCAGAGGACGAUGAAAGCCUUCAUGAUCAUAGCUGUCAUCGCUAUUACUCUUGGUUCCCUUGCUGCUCAGGAUCAGGAACGGGAAAAGCGCAGUCUGAGCAGUGAAAGUGAUGAAUUGCGGCCCUGGUUUUAUAGGCCCCGUUACCAGUAUCCAUUUGGCCCCUACCAACCUUUUGGUUACCCUGGAUAUGGAUGGCCAAGGUAUUAUUUCAUUCCAGUGCCACCUCCAGCAGUAGCUGCUCCUCCUAAUAAAAAAUAA